GUGCCGCGCUCCGUCGCCGCCGUCGCUUUUCCGCGCCUCGCCUUCGGCGGCGAGUGCAGCAGCAGCAUGCAGACGGCCUCUCGCUCACGCACUCGUCCGUGACUGGCUGAGAAGCUGUCACUGUCGUCUCGUCCUGUCGCUUGCUGCGUCUGCUGCAUGCUUGCGAGCCGAGAGCACUGCAUCUCGAGUCGCAAACCUUUAGCUUCAAGCGCGCCGAGAGAGGCGCCGCCGCUUGCGCCCCUCUCCUUGACGGCGCGCGCGCCGCGUGUCUGCUUCAUCUGCUGGCCCCGCCUUCGCCGGCUGCAGGCGCUCUCAACUCCGCCGCCUGUGCUUCUGCACGACCCUUGCUGUCACGCCGCAGAGCGCAGAACAAGCAUGCUGGCGGCUGCCUCUCGCGUCUGCCUGCUGCCUCUGCCCGUCGAGGAGGUCUUUGCUUGCAGCAGCGCCAGGCUGGCAGGUAAGAGUUGCCGCAAACGCGACGUCGCCUCGGUGACGAGUAAAGUUCGGCACCGCUCAAGCUGGCUCGGAUUCUCGAGAAUACCCUACCUCGGCCCUCUCUCGGCCACCAGGGCGUGCAAAAAGCGUGACAAAGUGUGGGCGGCGAGAGCAGAAACAGAGAGCUGCUGGCGCCGCGAGCCGCGGAGGCGGGAGCGCCCCUCUCGCGUGUGUGGCCCGCCGUCGCGACGCGAAGAUCGCUUCGGCACGGGCGCGUCUCGCGUGCGUGGCCUCCAAGCACAUACACAGUUCAGACACGCAGCUUCCCGGGAGGUGAGAGGUCUAGAUUCUCUUCUUGCGUCGCUUCAGCAGCUGGACAUGCGUCAGAACUCACUCGACUCAAGAGGUAUUAGAGGUCUGCAGGCUGAGAGUGUGGGGCACUCGGCCGCCCGUCGGGGCUGACGCAUCCCAGACGCAUCCAGGGGGGGGGGGGCGUUAACGCGCGCUACGGCGCCUUACGCGCAACGCUCCGCAUGCCGCUCCCAACGGGUCUCUGCGCGCAUG